CUCCACACACAGCGGCAUAAAGCUCAAUUGACCGAGACAGCCUUUGCCUGAAUUUCUGCCUGCGAGCGUGUGUAUGCGUGCUUGAGAGAGGACGAGCAGAGGGGCGAGUCGGCUAGCUAGGUCAGGCUCAGGCGGCCGGCGGCCAUGGGGCACCACUGCUGCAGCAAGCAAAAGGUGAAGCGGGGGCUAUGGUCCCCGGAAGAGGACGAGAAGCUCCUCAGCUACAUCACGGCGCAUGGCCACAGCUGCUGGAGCGCCGUCCCCAAGAACGCCGGGCUACAGCGCUGCGGCAAGAGCUGCCGGCUCCGGUGGAUCAACUACCUCCGUCCGGACCUCAAGCGCGGCACCUUCUCGGAGCAGGAGGAGCGCACCAUCCUCGACGUCCACCGCAUCUUGGGCAACCGGUGGGCACAGAUCGCCAAGCACCUACCGGGCCGCACGGACAACGAGGUCAAGAACUUCUGGAACUCGUGCAUCAAGAAGAAGCUCAUCGCGCAGGGUCUCGACCCCAAGACCCAUAACCUCCUCCCGGCAUCCAAGAACCUCCUCCAUGUACAUGACGGCACCGGCUCCGGCAGCAACCCUAGCAACAACCCUGCUGCAGGCACCCAAUUUCAUUCUCCCAAUGGAAACAGGAACGGUUGCGCCACGCCACCGUUCACCAUCAGCUCCCCUACCAAGGCGGUCUACGACGCUGCUAUGGUUGCGCCUCCAGUGGUGGCGCCGGGUUUGUACGACGUCCCUAACCCUGGAGUGUUGAUGGGGCAGCACGACCGCGAUCACCAAGCUGCCGUGGUCAUGCAGCAGGGCUACCCGUACAUCCACAACAACGGUAGUGGUUUACUCAUGAGCUUCAGGGAUCAUAACGCUGCGGGCAUCCACCCAUCCAUGGACUUCAUGAAUGGCUCUUCUCAUUCGUCCUCUUCCAUGGAGUACGCGGCCGGCAUGCCCAAUGGCGACGUAUUCAACCGAGGCGUGGCCGUGUUCAUGGACGAGACGGCCGCAAUGUGGGCCACCGUUCCCGAUCCAGGAAUGGGUGCUCGGGUCGAAAUGGCGUAUCAGCAGCAACAACACCAUGGGUUGGGGCAGGACGAAGUAGCGGGACCUCCGCCGCCGCCAUUGAUCAACGGCGGUAGCUCAGGUAGCAAGGGACUGGAUAUGAUGGGCGUCUCUUCGGAAGUGUACGGCUCCGCCGGUACGACGACGGCGUUCGAUAUAGAGCUGAUGGAGUCGUGCGGGAUAUUUUGCGGCGCCGCUGGCAACGACAUGGAGCAGCUCCAGUGGGAUUGCUAAUUGAGCUAGCUCAUUAUCUUCACCGGCUAAUUAGAUCAUUUCGAUCCAUGUUUUAAUUAAUCAUAGGCCUUUGUUCUUCAUUUCUUUUUUGAUGUGCAUUUCCUGUCUUCUUGAUCCAGAAUUUCAGACCGUCCGUUUCAGAAAGAAAUGCAUUCUAAGUUGAGUGGAGAAUUUGCGGUCAACAAAUCUGUUUAAAUUUCU